AUGAGCUUUUCUGUUGGCCGACCUGAUACACUGGGAAUGGACGAAUACCACACCCGCUCUCUUCCGGAAGUCGACGAAAGCGAGUACGCUAUCAUUCCCUUGAUGGUUGAUUUUGGACGCAUCCUCCGCCGUAUCUCCAUCGAUAUCUACAACUCAAAAUGCCACUCACAGGAAAAAAUUCGUCUAGCCUUCCAAGUCGAGAUCCAACUGGAUAACUGGCUAUUUGGACUGCCUCCGAAGCAUAAACCUACCAUCUUGGAGUAUAGCCAGCCCCAUUCGUCCUUGAAAAUCUCUCUGCGGGAUCCGAAAUGGUCUCGUCGGCAGAGACUGGUCUUGGCUAUCCGUUAUCAUAACGCCAAAAUACUUCUGUUUCGCCCGUUUCUGAUAUAUGCUACAUAUCAAAACUCAGAACAACCACCCAUACCCCUGCCACAACUGGAAGAAGCCAUUGAGAAAUGCAUUAGUUCCGCAACCAAGACCAUUGAAAUCAUGUACGAUACUUUCCAGCAACAUACAUACUUCCGAAACUGGUGGUACAAUACAACCUACGUGAUAUUUGCCACUGCUAUAAUUUUAUUCCGCUUAUCACAGUCGGGUCUUCGUUUACAUCCGCUCUCCGAACUCGAAACAGUAGAUCCUUUGUUCGCUACCGCUGACAUGGCAGUCGAGAUUCUGGAAGCUAUGGACACAUCCCCCGUGGCCAGAAAAUCAGCUGAGAUCGUCAAGCACCAUCUUCGCGAACUCAGGAGGCUCAGUACCACGGCUUCACCAGUUGUCACCGCUGCGGAUGGGCCAGAGAGGGCAGCAGUAUCCGGACCGCGGAGUCCAGACACGUUUGGACUUGGAGAUUUCUCUUUACCUGACCUCUCUUAUGGUGUGGACUUUCCGGACUAUUCCUUCCAAAGUAUGACAAAUCUGUUCGUCGACUUCGACAACCCUGGGUACACCCAAUGCGUAACGGAUGAUGUCAACGUGGAUACUAUAUAA